UCUUCUUGGCGUUGCAAUUUGCAAGCUGCAAUCUUUUUUCUCUUUCUCUGCCAUCUCCUUUCCGGUGGUGGGAAAAAAAGAUUACUCCUUGGGAAGAGGAGCGGGGCGCGGGGUUCCGUAGAGGCGGUGGCGCAAAGGCGAACUCCGAUCCCAUGGCCAGAGAAAAGCAGCACCAUUGCUGGUAUGGUAGUAGCAGUAGCAGCUAGUGAGAGAAAAAAAAAAGCGAAGGGAAAAGGAGGCAAGAAAGCUCAAAGCAGCAGCAGCAGCGCCCUUCUCCUCUCUCAAGUCUCAACCGCUGUAGAUUCCUUCGAGCUGCUUGCUGCUCCUUCACUCCCAGUGUGCACCGGGAGAGUGGUAGUGGUGUGGUGGUAGUGGUAGAAAGCAAGAAGCAGCAGUAGCUGCAGCUGUCUCCUUUUCUUUUGUUCUUGCUCCUCUUUGCACGCAAAGAAUCGAUAGCCAGCCUUUGUUUGCUGCUCUCUGAACUUGUGCUAGCUCUGCACUGCACUGUCUGGUUCUUGGGACUCGCUGUUCUUGGUUGCUGCAUUUUUUUUCUUUUGCUUCCUUGUCCCAUUUUGGAUUUUUGGUGAGGUGAGGUGAAGAGAUUGGGUUCUUGGGUGGAGGAGGAUGGCCGGAGGAGGGGCGGCGCCGCCACCGAAGCAGGAGGAGCUGCAGCCGCACCAGGUGAAGGACCAGCUGCCCAGCGUGUCCUACUGCAUCACCAGCCCACCGCCAUGGCCUGAGGCCGUCAUACUUGGAUUCCAGCACUACAUUGUGAUGCUGGGCACGUCAGUGAUUAUUCCUAGUGCUCUUGUUCCGCAAAUGGGAGGAGGAAAUGAUGAGAAGGCUCGGGUGAUUCAGACGCUGCUGUUCGUUGCCGGCAUAAACACCCUCUGCCAGUCGUUCUUUGGGACUCGUCUUCCAGCUGUGAUGGGUGGAUCCUACACCGUUGUUGCGCCGACGAUCUCCAUCAUACUGGCUGGCCGUUACAGCAAUGAAGCAGACCCUCAUGAGAAAUUCUUGCGGACAAUGCGAGGAACGCAAGGCGCUCUCAUCAUCGCAUCGACAAUCCAGAUCAUACUUGGUUUCAGUGGUCUCUGGCGCAAUGUAGUUAGAUUUCUUAGUCCAUUGUCUGCUGUUCCUUUGAUCUCACUUGCUGGAUUUGGCCUCUAUGAGCUUGGUUUUCCAGGGGUUGCAAAAUGUGUGGAAAUCGGACUCCCAGAAAUCAUUCUACUGCUUGUGUUUUCUCAGUAUUUACCUCAUGUUAUACAUGUGGCAAAGCCUGUGUUCGACCGGUUUGCUGUCAUUUUCACCAUUGCUAUUGUGUGGUUGUAUGCAUAUAUUCUCACUGCUAGUGGUGCAUACAAGAAUGCUCGACCGAAAACACAAGUGCACUGUCGUGUUGAUCGGUCUGGAAUUAUCAGUGGAGCUCCAUGGAUAAGAGUUCCUUUUCCUUUUCAAUGGGGGGCUCCAACAUUUGAUGCUGGUGAAUCUUUUGCCAUGAUGAUGGCCUCAUUUGUUGCUCUUGUGGAGUCAACUGGGACUUUCAUUGCUGUGUCAAGAUAUGCAAGCGCAACUAUGAUUCCUCCAUCAGUUCUUGGUCGUGGAAUUGGUUGGCAGGGUAUUGGCACUUUGAUAGGUGCAUUUUUUGGGACAGCCAAUGGAACUGCAGUUUCAGUUGAAAAUGCCGGUUUGCUAGCUUUGACACACGUUGGCAGCCGUAGAGUAGUGCAAAUAUCUGCUGGCUUCAUGAUCUUCUUUUCUAUCCUUGGGAAAUUUGGAGCAAUUUUUGCAUCAAUUCCAUUACCGAUAUUUGCUGCCCUGUACUGCAUCUUCUUUGCAUAUAUCGGUGCCUGUGGUCUGAGCUUCCUUCAGUUCUGCAAUCUCAAUAGCUUCAGGACAAAGUUCAUCGUGGGGUUCUCGUUCUUCAUGGGCUUAUCGGUUCCUCAGUACUUCAAUGAGUAUACAUCCGUUGCAGGCUAUGGCCCGGUGCACACAGGCGCUCGAUGGUUCAAUGACAUGAUAAACGUACCCUUCUCGUCCAAGCCGUUCGUCGCAGGCCUGGUGGCAUACUUCCUAGACAACACAAUCCAGAGGCGCGACAACGGGGCGAGGAGAGACAGGGGCUACCACUGGUGGGACAAGUUCAGGAGUUUCAAGACGGACACCCGGAGCGAGGAGUUCUACUCUCUGCCAUUCAACCUGAACAAGUUCUUCCCUUCCGUAUGAUCUGCAUUUUCUCGGAUUAUGGCAGAGCUGCUGCUUGCAUCUGGCAUGUUUGUCUAUGUCAAUUGAAUUCCAUGGUUCUGUAAAUCUUUGGAUGGGUGAAUUUUGGCUGGUUGGGGG